AUGAGGUACAUCUACUCCCAGGAAUCGCUGGACAUCCCAGAGGGCGUCAAGGUCACCAUCAAGACCCGCAAUGUCACCGUCGAGGGACCUCGUGGCAAGCUCACAAAGGACCUGGGACAUUUGGCAGUCGCAUUUUCCCACCCCGAGAAGAACAAGAUCAACAUUGAGCUUCACCACGGAUCCCGCAAGAACGUCGCCACACUCCGAACUGUUCGCACGCUCAUCAACAACUUGAUCAUCGGUGUCACCAAGGGUUUCCGCUACAAGAUGCGAUACGUCUACGCCCAUUUCCCCAUCAACGUCAACCUCGACAAGGACAACGAGACCGGACUCUGGGAGGUUGAGAUCAGAAACUUCUUGGGCGAGAAGAUUGUGCGUAAGGUCAAGAUGCAGCCAGGUGUCGACGUUGAGGCCAGCAAGAACGUCAAGGACCAGCUCGAGCUUACGGGUAACUCCCUCGAGGCCGUCUCACAGUCUGCUGCAGACAUCCAGCAGAAGUGCAGAGUCCGUAACAAGGAUAUCCGAAAGUUCUUGGACGGUCUGUACGUAAGUGAGCGUGGCAACAUCGAGGAUGCAGAGUAA